AUGCCGGGGGGGAUGCAGGGAACACGGGGCAGGACGGUGCCGUUCCGGGAGGAUGCUGAGGAGCAGGGGCGAAAACAUGGGGAUCCCAGGGAGAUGUCGGAGGGAUGCGGGGGGCGGGCGGGGGUGAUGCCGGGUAGCCCGAGCGGGACGGAGGGACGAGGGGAGAUGUCGGGCGGAUGCCGCGGAGCCCGGGGCCGGACGGAGGGAUUGAAAGGCAAAGAACAAGAAAAGACCACAGAUGUGAAAGCAAUUAAAACUCCAAUACCAGUACAUUCCCCUCAAAGAAGCACUAGAAAUCAUGCCUUGCUGGAGGCUGCAGGACCAAGCCAUGUGGCGAUUAAUGCCAUCUCUGCCAACAUGGACUCUUUUUCUAGCAGUCGGACAGCUGCCCUUAAGAAGCAGCCAAGUCACAUGGAAGCUGCUCAUUUUGGAGACUUAGGCAGAUCGUGUCUGAAUUAUCAGGCCCAAGAGACCAAAUCAAGCCUUUCAAAGACCCUUGAACAAGUUUUGCAGGACAAUGUAGCCCUCCCUUAUUUUAUCCAGUUCAUGGAACUACGCAGAAUGGAACACUUGGUUAAAUUUUGGCUAGAGGCUGAAAGCUUUCACUCCACAACAUGGUCCCGCAUAAGAGCACAUAGCCUGAACACAGUUAAGCAGAGUUCAUUGGCAGAGCCGGUGUCACCCUCAAAACAGCAGGAAAUCGAGUCUUCUUCUCCAACUGGAUUGCUUGAAGAGAGACUGGAGGAUUCUAGCACAGUCCAUCUGCUCAGGACCAAGCGAGUGGCUCCAGACGUGAGCAACAGAGCUGGCAGCAGCCAGAACCAUGUGCUGUCAGGCCAGGAAAAUACUGGUGUUCUCUGUCUGAGAAAAGCUGACACAGGGACCCAUUCUGUUCCAGUCGAUCAGCAAGAAUCUUCCAAGCCCACAGUAUCAAACAGAAACAGCCCCUCAUCUGCACUAAAGGACUUGUCAGGAAAACUAAUGAAAAGUAUAGAACGGGACGCAGUUAGUACUUUUACCAAAUAUAUUUCUCCAGAUGCUGCUAAACCAAUACCCAUUACAGAGGCAAUGAGAAAUGAUAUUGUUGCAAAGAUUUGUGGGGAAGAUGGACAAGUGGAUCCUAACUGUUUUGUUACAGCACAGUCAAUAGUGUUUAAUGCAAUGGAACAAGAGCACUUUAGUGAUUUUUUGCGAAGUCAUCAUUUCUGUAAAUACCAGAUUGAGGUGCUGACUAGUGGGACUGUUUAUCUGGCUGACAUUCUUUUCUGUGAAUCAGCCCUGUUUUAUUUCUCCGAGUAUAUGGAGAAGGAAGACGCAGUUAAUGUAUUGCAGUUCUGGUUGGCAGCAGAUAACUUCCAGUCUCAACUUGCUGCCAAAGAAGGCCAAUACGAUGGGCAAGAAGCACAGAAUGAUGCUAUGAUUUUAUAUGACAAAUACUUCUCCCUUCAAGCCACGCAUCCGCUUGGGUUCGACGACUCCGUGAGGCUGGAGAUUGAGUCCAACAUCUGCAGGGAAGGGGGUCCCCUCCCGAACUGCUUCACGACUCCCUUGCGGCAGGCCUGGACCACCAUGGAGACG